UGCGGCGUUCAGAGCACAGCACAGCAGAUCACCUGCGGGUUUUAACUAUUUCUCUUCCGAGGAGUGUAUUUACCCCGACAAUAAGCACUUUUAUUCUUAGACUCUUUACACAUUUUUAAUUUAAGACUUUUGGAGCAUGUUUUUUAUUUGCACGAGUUCUCAACGUUUCUCUAUGGAAGAACGCGGAAACAAAAUUCAAGUUGAAAGUCAUUUCAACCAGAGAGAUGCUUUUAGAGAAUCCUGAAGUUUUCAUCUAGGCUAAACCGGUUAGGGUGGAGUUCACCUAUCUUGUGUUCACUUCAUUGUCUUUCGACACAUUCUGCAUCACCCUUACGUUCCUGUGAUUUCGGCUGCAACUGUAAACAUGGUUGGAUUCAGAGCUGGUGACGUUCCUCCUACUGCCACCGUGAAGUUUAUCGGUGCAGGAACUGCAGCAUGCAUUGCAGAUCUCUUCACCUUUCCACUGGACACCGCAAAAGUUAGACUUCAGCAACGUAAGCAGGUCCAGGCCUCCAUGACUGACCCGGGAUAACCUGAAGAUGCAGCUUCCCCUCCACUGUGAUUCUGUAAAGUUUUUCCAUCCACCUUUUGUUCUGUACAGAUUCAGGGGGAGAACAAAGCCUCCACCAACAUGGGCCGUGGUCCGGUGAAAUAUCGAGGGGUCUUUGGUACGAUCAGCACCAUGGUGCGAGUGGAGGGGCCACGCAGUCUCUACAGCGGCCUGGUGGCGGGACUGCAGCGUCAGAUGAGCUUUGCUUCUGUACGCAUCGGCCUCUACGAUUCGGUCAAGCAGUUUUACACCAAAGGCUCUGAUCAUGCUGGGAUUGGCAGUCGACUGAUGGCUGGUUGUACGACUGGAGCCAUGGCCGUGGCUGUGGCUCAACCCACUGAUGUAGUGAAGGUCCGGUUUCAGGCUCAGGUCAGCGCUGGGAGCAGUAAACGUUACCAUAGUACUAUGGACGCAUAUCGGACCAUUGCAAAGGAAGAGGGGUUUCGUGGUUUGUGGAAAGGAACUGGCCCAAACAUCACCCGCAAUGCCAUAGUAAACUGCACUGAGCUAGUGACAUACGACCUCAUCAAAGAUGCACUUCUCAAAUCAUCUCUGAUGACUGAUGAUCUUCCCUGCCAUUUCACAUCUGCAUUUGGAGCUGGUUUCUGCACUACGAUCAUUGCUUCCCCUGUCGAUGUUGUGAAGACAAGAUACAUGAACUCUGCCCAGGGCCAGUACAGCAGCGCCCUCAACUGUGCUGUAGCCAUGCUGACUAAAGAGGGGCCAAAGGCUUUUUACAAGGGGUUCAUGCCAUCCUUUCUGAGGCUGGGCUCCUGGAAUGUGGUUAUGUUCGUCACUUACGAGCAGCUGAAACGGGCCAUGAUGGCAGCACGCCAAAACUGGCACACUCCUCUUUAAGCAGAGCAUGCAGUUCCAGUUGAGCUUCAUGCUGACGUGGUUCUGGAUUCUCCAUUUUCUUCAUUUUGUUUACAUUUUUAAACUUGAUUUUUUUUUUUUCCUUUUUUUUUUUUGGAUUUGCACAAUUCUAGAGUCUUUCCAACAAUCUGCCAAUAAAAUGAAAUUGGUGUUUUUAAGAA